CAAUUUGACAGUGACAUUAAAUGUUAAUUAUCGAAUCAAAUGCUGGUCAAAUUGUAUAAGAAUAAGAAAUAAGUUGUGUACAAACAAUACAAUGGCUUUAUCAUUGCUAUUAGAAAAAUACGACGUGUCCAGCGAGGAAGGUCUUCAAAAAGCCUUAAAUGAAAUUGAGAAAGAAGAGUCCAGAGUGGCAGAAUGCCAGAGGCGGGUGCAUGACCUCAUUGACCUGCAGCUGUGCAGUGCGGGAGUGGAUGCCGCCAUUAAAGCACAUGAUUAUGAAACCGGUGCACGUCUUGUGGCGAGGUUCCUGAGCAUGGAACCCGGUUCGGUGGCGGCGGCACGAGCCCGCGGCGCUCCCGACCCGCGCACCGACAUGGAGCGCGCCGCCAACACGCUGCGCGACCAUCUCGUGCGCAAAUUCGAGGAAGCGUCGCGCAAGGAGGACGAUGUGGCGGUGGAGCGGCUGUACAAGUUGUUCCCGCAGAUCGGGCGCGCUGAAGAGGGCGUCGACCUUCUCGCCAAGUAUCUCGCCACACAGACGGAGAGUAAAAUCCGUAAGGCGUGCACGUUAGAAGGUGGGGGUGGUGUGGGGGACGGGGGCGCGGCGCACGCGGACGCGCUGACUCGCGUGCUGGAGGCGGGGGCGGGGGGCGUGCAGCGCGCGCGCUCUCUGCUGGCGCCAGCGCACGCCCUGCUGCCGCGCGCGCUGAGACAUCUGCAGCCUGUGGUGUGCGCGGGCGUGCGGCGCGUGUACGUGUCGCUGGCGGGCGCGCGCGGGCUGCGGGCGGGCGGGGCUGGUGGGGCGGUGCCCUGCGCCGGCGCCGCGCUGGCAGCAGAGCCGGCGCUCAACGAGUUGGCGCUGGCGCACUCCCGCAUUCAGCUCUACUUCGCCUUCCUCAGGCGCAACGCCGAGUUAGAGUCGGAGUCGGCGAACCUGUCCGAAGCUGAGAAAGCUGAUUGCAUGGAGUCGGUGGAGAAGCUGAUAGCGGAGAGCGACACCACGCGCACCGCACAGGACAUACUCAGCCACUACCUCGAGCUCGAGAGGUUCUUCCUGGAGGAGAGCGUGAGCAAGGCGCUGCGGCUGAGCUCGGCGCAGGUGGCGCUGGCGACGCAGGCGGCGGGCGGGCAAGCCGCGCCCGCAAACCUCGUCGACGAUGUCUUCUUCAUCGCCAGGAAGGUGAUACGGCGCAGCAUCACGACGGGCAGCGUGGACGGAGCCUGCGCGGUGCUCAACGAGGCGGCCGCCGCGCUCGAGCGCUCCGCCGGGGCCUGGCUGCGUCGCCGCCUCGCCGCCCCGCCCCCGGACCCGACGGACUUCAAGAUGGAAGAAAUAAAAAGAUUGAAACUUUAA